AUGGAGGAGAUAGAAGAUGCUAUCCGGGGUUCGGUGGAGUCCUCAGAGAGACUCCUUAACCUCUUUUCUAGCUCCUCAGGACGAGUCCUGGGUAGUCAUCUGAUAGCGGAGGCCAGCGGCGAAGCCGUCGCCAAGUGGGGGAUAGUGGUCUGCCUGCUCAACAAGGGUCGUGGCCAUGGGAGGGUCAGGUUGCAGACGCCAUCCCAGUGCCCCCUCCCUCACACCACGCCGACAUGGAAACCUCUCCAGCUACUCAGGAGGAAUCUCCAAAAGAAACCAGGCGGAGAGCUGGGUGCACCCCACACGGACGACAACAGAUUGUUCCAUGGAAACCGAGCUCUGCAAAUGGACCCUACUCUCAUUGGAGUUCUCCCCAGAGCUGCAGAGCUUGCACCCUGCCCACCAUUUCAGUAUCCCCUGCACCAGCCGCACAAGUACCAGCGGAGUGGGAUCAACCUGAACUUCGAAAGCUCCGGCUGUGAUCCCACCAUGUCCUCCACCAGGUCAUUCAUCUCCUCCCCGAUCGUGGAUGGGAGCCUCACCGGCAUGAACGGGCAGGGGUUCCAGCUCUUGGAUUCUCUGCCGCCUUCUGAGAGGUUCGGCAUCCUACAACUGCCGAAGAGGAGGUGCUGGAACAGUGGGGAGGAGGGGAACGGGAGAUGUGCGACCAGUGGCAGGUCCCACUACUCAAAGAGAAGGUUAAAAACGUCAAUUUCUUCUCUUUGUUUCUCUAUUCAAGCGUUUGCAGAACUCUCCGGUGAAUUAAAAUGUCGUCCUUUUUUCUGCUCAAAUUAUAGGAAAUUGAGAGUUAGGAGAUCAAUUAAGGUGCCUGCUGUUAGCGACAACCUCGCUAUCUCACCGGAUGAGUACUCAUGGAGGAAGUACGGGCAGAAGCCGAUCAAGGGCUCUCCACAUCCAAGGUAUGUGAAUUCCUUUCAUACAGAUUCCAGGUGUCUGCUGAAAUAGGUUGUUUCCUAAGUUCAGGUCAACACGGCGAUAUGGAUCAUAUCUCCUCCUCAGAACUGAAUUUAUUUCAUAAUGUGGAGUUUCUAAGGAAUGCCGGGAAGAGUUUUGAUGGUGGAUAUAUGCACAUUUGGUUCUAUUUCCCAAAUCAUUUAUUGAUUUUAUUGAUGGGUUUCGUAGACCCACUGGAGAAGAGCAUUGUAGGGAGUCACAUGAGCUUGAAUUGACAGGAUAAAUUCGUCAGCUAUCAAGAGCAGAUGAAUCCUUCUUUGAAUCAUUAGAACCAGCUUUUCCUCGAAAGGGAGAAGAUUAAGCCUAGAUUCAAUACAAUUCUUCCCGCCAAGUGAAGGCAAAAUAUUUCAACCGUACACAUCUUUAUUGUUCUCCGAAGAGGGUUGUCUGAACUCAAUAUUAUCCCUCGAAAAGGGCCGACUCUAUACGAUUUCCUUGUAAAUUUAAUCAGAUAAAUCUACUGGGAUUUUAUUAUCUCCUAAUGAAUUCCUGCAGAGGAUACUACAAGUGCAGCGGUAUGAGAGGCUGCCCUGCAAGGAAGCACGUCGAGAGGAGCUUGGAGGACCCUUCCAUGCUCAUCGUCACCUACGAAGGCGAGCACAACCAUGAAAGGGUCCUGACGCAGUCGACGCCCUCAAGGAGAACUUCCAUCACAUAA